AAUGUUGAUUUGAUACGCGGGCAUUAUUUCCAGACGGGACCUAAGGACGCCCGACAGGAUACUUAACACGUGUUUAUUUACUUUCUCUUUAUAUAGUUGUUCGACAUAACUCGAUAGUUUUCGAUGUUCUACAUUUCGAGUCGCUGAAAGAGAGAGGGAAAGAGUGAAGGACGAAAUCAAAUCUGUUCUCGUGUCCCGUUAGUAUGCGAGCGCGAAUUUUCACUUUUAUUUAAAUUAUUCUAGUUUAAAGAUGCGACUAUGUUCCGCUGAUAAUUCGAUUUCCCGGUUCUAACGUUGGACUUGUUCUCGCAAACGAAUUGGCUGAAACAUUGUAGGGAGAAUACACGUUAUGCCGCAAUUAUUAGAAAGUAUGGUAUCACUCGCGAUACACGCAGGAGCUUGUGCGUGCCGUUUGAAAUCUUUAUACGCAUGAUACGCACGAGGGAACUCUCCUGCAGAGAAAAUAAUAAGCCAUAACUUAAAUAUAAAUUGUAUCAACGUUACACACACGUUGGUAGCUCCUUGACAAAGAUACGAUAUGAAUGAGAAGAAAUAUACAGCGAUAAGUAACGUGCGAAUAAAGGCGAAUAAAGGAAAUUUCGUAAAGGAAAGUAUUAUAAUUGCGCGCGCGAGGAGUAACUAAUUAUAAUAUCCCUCUCAAUAGAUAUCUCUAUGUAGGAACCAAUUCUUCCACUUGAAUAUACGAGGUGUCGGAGUGUGAUGAGUCAAAGUAGCAGAUUAACGAUGAAUCGGAGUGACUCAGCGAACGUUAUCGACGCCUAGUUUAAUCCCGAACCGGAGAAUAUCGUCGGAUAAACACGAAUCGAAAUUGGCUCAAUGAAAAUCAUAAUAUUGUGAGUCGCGACGUAAAGUACAAGACAUCGCGGGAAUCUCACGGCUCGGAUUUCAGUCGACGACCACGAUGUCACUGAAGAAGAGUCUCGUCGUGUGUCUUCUUUCGCUGAUCCUCGCGAGUGACGCGCAGCAUCAGGAUAUCGAGGACAUAUCUGAGACAUUGGACGAAUUGCUCGUCGAUGCGCGAUCGUUUCGACGGCCGCGAGACCGCGAGGACAAGUCGUUAAUUUGGCACAAGUACGAAUUCGGCAGUGGAGCCGGAAAUCGAGAAGAGGUGGUGGUGACGAACAUUUCAUUGCACACAAACACCGAUAUUCCCGAGAAGAGCGACUGGCAAUUCUUACGAGCGGGAAAUGAUUAUUUUAUCCGCGCCGAGGACUCGGCGUUGCUUUUCUACGAGAUCAACUUGGACGAAUUGUCCGUCGAGCCUAGCAUAAACGUGACGACCGAGGGACGCAUAUUACUGUUCCGAGUUUUCGACUACAAUGUCGACGAGACGGAACGUGAAGAUCGCGCGGGCUAUUCGAUCGCGAUUCUAUUCGUCGAGUCGACACACGGCUACUUUCUGUUCUGGUAUCGAAUCUCUGAGGGUACGAUUCAGUUAUGCUCGAAACUGUCCAUGCAGCAUGAAUUCCAGGACAUGGAGGUCGUGCGAGAAGGGAGUCAAAACGAAUUGCUCUUACUCGACGAUAACACGUACCUCGAACAGUCGUUGAUCCUCGUCUAUGGCUUCAACUACGAUCACAGCAAUCAUAGCAUCGAUAUAUGGUUUUGCCGGCGAUUGUACGUUCCCAAAACGUUCGACGUCCAGGUCUGCCCGAUUUACGGCGGCACCGUGUUGGCAUUUCGAACGAACGAUAGCGUGGUUCUAUACGCAUCGCAAAACGAAGAUGCGCUUUGCAAGUACGAGGAGUUCGAAGUAAUCGAGACGAACGAACUCGCGAAUUUCGUCUGCUUCGAGAGUGGCCACAUCGAAUAUCUGGUUAUCGCCGGGAAAGAAGCGCAUCUUUUUCACUUCCUCGAGAACGAGUUUCACGAUAAUGGCGAGGCGGAUCUGGCCUUCAGCGGAAUCACGGGCAUCUCGUGGAUCACGGCAGUGCCGCUGAACACGUAUCGCGACGAGUCGCUGUUGCUGGCACAACUUGAAAAUUCGACGGUGAUCGCGCUGGCUUGGCAAGGGUCAAAUUUCAAGCAAGUGCCAUUGCCGAACCAAAUCAUGAACGACUUCAAUCUGUCGAGAGUCGUCGUCGUCCCGAAAGUCGGAUUCAUGCAUGGAAACACGCUCGUACGUGUGGACGUGAUCCUGAGGGAAGUAGCGCAUCCUAUUCACAGGGAGACGGAUAGCAUACUGAAGACGCGAGUCCUGUUGGAGGAUGUGUUUCGCGUGCAGGAAGAUAUUUUCGAUAAGACCGAGGAGAAGAUGAAUCAAAGUUAUCUCAAGAAUCCCGUGACAGGAUUUUGGAGCUUUACAAGAAUGGAUGUCUCGAACGUUACAAUCGGGGAAGACGUGAAAUACAGCGCGAUCAAAGUCGGCACGAUGGAUUUACAACUGCAGGAUGUACUGACAAACGUGACGUCAAGCUUGAAGAAACUCGAGAAACUCGAAGUGAUGCUCGAUCAAGUCUUAUCGAUUUUGGAACAAGUGGAUAACGUCUACACGAUGAAGAUUGUCUUACCGCCAGAUGCUGAACUGAACGGGAAUUUUUUGGUGAACGGUACCUUGCGUGCGAAAAACACUUCUUUUGUGAAUAAAGCGCCCACCUCGAGCGCGGCAUACAACAAUGCAAGUGGCAUUGCUGAUUUCAUCAACGGCCGAAAGUCUUUUCCUACCAUCGACACCGACAACUUGACAGUCAUCACGUUGAAUGGCGUCCCGUUGGAAGAAUACAUUUUCGACACUUCGAUCAAAAGUUACGACGACAUGGACUUUUCCAGAUCAAAACGAUUAGAGAUUAACGGAUACCUAAACUUUUCUGAAAUAAAUGACGUCGAUUGGGGGAAACUGAUGCAGAAUAUUGUAUGGAAGAACGAAACGAGGAUCAUUCCUGGGCACACGAUCAUGAAUGGACAAAUUAUUGUCGACGCGGGUACUGUCGAGCGACUGAAUGAUUUGCAAUAUCCACGGGAUUUUGUUCCAAGGCACAGCUGGAGUCCUGUGAACGUUACGGGUGAAAAAUUCUUUUCUACCUUGUCCGCGAUGAAUUUGAUAAAUGUCAGCAAAAUAAACGACGUAGACAUCGACGACUUUAUCAUUGUUAGCAGACACGAGGUUCUCGAUCGAGAGAUUACUUUCGAGAAUCUGCAGAUCGAUGGAGUUUUCCAGGUCGACGGAAACAUAACAGGCAUCAAUGCACCCAAUCUCGAAGAUUCGCUCAACGAGACCAACACGCUCAAUACGGACGUCAUUUUUGAGAAUCUGAUCGUCAUGGGAAAUAUCGUGUUGCGAGAUUCGAUCGACGCUAAAACGUGGUCGGACUUCGAUGAUCUUCUGCUAAAAAACGAGACGAACGCGACAAUUACGGGGAACAAGAAGUUCUUGAGUGGCGUUACUUUAAAGUCCAUGAUCCGAGUCACGCAAAUUAACGGUCACGCGCUUUCGGAAUUUGUACACCUCGACGCCGAUCAACAGUUCCCUAACCUGAAAAGGAUAUCGGCGAACGUUACGUUCGGUAAUGUGAGUCUUGGCGCCAUGAACAAGUUGGAAGAUUAUAUAAUCAACGAACAGAACGUCUCCUCCGGCUGCAUGGAGAAGAUACUUCUAUUCAUGAAGCCACCUAUCGUCGACGAGAUCUCCUUCAAGACUAUAGGGCUAACUAUCACGGCCGAGACUUUCUUCGACAAGCUGAACGAAAGCUUCCGGAGGGUGUACUUCGAGAAUUUGACACUCUCGACGUUAAAGACCGACGAGAUCACGCCGAACACUAUCAAUGGAAUGUGGAAUUACACCGAUCUGGCGAAGCACGUGUUAACAAUCUCCACGCGACAGAGUCUGACGGGCUCUUUGGUGGUCAACAAUUUGGAGAUCGGUGUCUUAGACGCGAAGCUCGUCAACGGCGUGCCGAUACGCGACUUGAAUCGAUUGUUGACGCACGCGGGAUUCCUCUACGACCGCGUCGUCGGCGGAAACGAGACGUUGCAGUCCCUGCAGGUGACAGGACAAUUAAGCGUGUCUUCGAUCAACGGGCGCAACAUUCUCGACAUUUACGACCCACGCAGCAUGAAGCCCGUAAUUUUCCGCGGGAACGUGACGAUCGACAAUUUGACGGUGCUCGGCUUCGUGAAUGGCCGAAAUCUGUCCGAAUUUGUCGACGACGCUGUACGGAAGACCGACCGAAAUGUCACGUUCACAGGCAAUAAGACGCUCGGGAACGUCACGUGCGAAUUUCUAAACGUGCAAUUCGUGAACGGUCAUUUCGUAGACGACAUUCUGGAUCCCGACAGACAGCAAGAGCUAAAGAAACCAGUUUAUGUAAAAGGUUCGAUCACAGUGUUGAACAGCUUCAACGCUACCGGCAAGAUCGGAAACAUGUUUUUCCGCGAUUUUACAGACAGAUUCAAGCCGCUCGGAAAUAACUCUUACGCUCUUCGCGGCGACUUCCACUUCACCGAGAACGUCUCUAUCGCGAGACUGGACGGACCGAUUCAGGGAUCGUUGUUUGACAAUUUUCUGCAAAGGGCGAUCGUUAAAAACGACUCGAACGUCACGAUAUCCGGGGCGAAAUUGUUCAGUAAACCGAUCACGUUCUACGAUGAAUUCACUAUCGACAGCAGCCUGGACGACCUGGAUCUGCUCAGGUUCCGCGAGAAAGCCGUCUACAUCGAUGAACCAUUCUCAAUCGAUUCUCGAGUAGUGUUCAAAGAAGACGUUCACAUAAGAAGAAAUCUCGUAGCAAAGAAGACAUUAGAAGCAAGCACCAUCAUGGGAGUCGAUAUGAAGGAUUUACGGGAGAACGCCAUUCUUCUUAACGCACCCGUUAGUUUUGAGGAGCGGAUGACACUCGACAAUGUGACUUUCCAAGCGAGCGUAAAAGUCACGCAGGUCAACGACCUGAGAAUGGACGAGCUGAUACCGUUGCAUACGGAUCAGUUCAUCCUGCAAGAUGUCCAUUCUUUCAAUAUCACUUACAGAAACAUCCAUUGGCAGGGGCGUGUAAACAACUACAUUCUGAACGAUAUCUACACGGACACUUUCACGAUACACGAAGAUCAGAACAUCACGGGGACCAUAAAGAUCCGAGGAAACGUUUACGCGUAUAGCGACUUCGAUGUUUAUACUAUAAACCAUUUCAAAGUCAACCAAAUUGUUUUCGUAAAUACCAACGAGACUCUAAUUGGAAACUUUGCGUUCGGAGGUUCGGUGAUCCUCGACAAGAGUCUCAGAAUUUUGGGUACUCUAAACGAUAUAGACCUGGCUCAUUGGCAAGGAACAGCAGUAAUGAAGAAAGGCGAGAAACAGACUAUAUUCGGACAAUGGAGGGUACACGGAAACGUCACCUUCGAGAAAAAUGUUAACGGAACUGAAAUUUUAAGCGGAGUUAAUAUCACGGAAGCGUUGGCCAUCCUAGCGAAAGAACGCGUCCAAAUAAAUGCCAUUAUUGAGGAAACGGAUGAAAAGCUAAAUAGCGUGUGCAAGAGUUUAAAUGUGCUCAAGUGCAAUUCUGCAGAUCAGAUAUACAAAUUCGACACGUUCGAUUAUGUGAAAGUAGUGGUGUUUGAAGGAGAUAUUCACAACAUCCGUAUUAUCGAUUCGGACAAUUUGGGAUACUUGUUGGUAAACCACGACAACUGCAGCAUGACGCUCUUGCAAUAUACUUCGGCCGGUUUCGCAAUAGUCGACCAAGUGUCCGAUGUCGGAUUAAUCGAUCGAUGGGUCUUUUACACAAUGAAUCGCAAGAUGUACAUACUUACAAUUGCGACACACGCCUGCGGCAAACACCUGAACAAUAUAUGGAGGUUAGAAAACAACAAGCUGAUGCAUGUGAUGGAGCUCGGCAAUGUCACCAAUUAUUUUAGGACAUUCGAAAAUACGUACAUAAAAAUGAUUCACGAUGAUCACGAAACUGUGCCGGAAUCGGACCUGCAGCUGAACAUUUUGAAAGCUCUGGUCUCUUUGGAGGAGGAGAGGUCAAACUCGAAUUUAUAUAACGAUUCGAUCACGUCGGUAAACCAGAGUUACAUUCACGAACUGCAAAGCAGAUCUUUGACCGGUAUAUCUCUAAGAGACUGUCUCAACUGUAGCAAUCUAUUAAGCUUCAGAGUGGGUAUUUUCGAGAGGGAAGAGUACGUCUAUUACAAUGCAGAAAUCAGCCAAAAUCACAUAUACAUUUGGAGGAAUGACGCUUCGCAAACGAAGAUCUUGCAAAUUAUAAAUGCGCAUCGACCAAAAUCCAUUUUGAUACUGAAUUUCGACGGAUUCGUCGAGACAUUGCUGAUCUUUAUCGAGAAUAACGAGACUAUUCAGAUCUAUGAAUAUCGAGGUAUCGAAGGCUUCGUCUAUAGGAACUCGAUUAAAAUGAAGGCUGACCAAUUGUACAAGUUUAGAAUGAGGAAGUACACGUAUAUGAAGAAGAGACACUACUUAGCUGCGGUGAGCGGGAAUCGAUUAACGAUCUUGGAAGCAAAGAUGCACGGUGAAAGAUUGGAUUGGACAACUCUAACUUCUACGGACUCCUGUUCUAUGAUAGCGUGUCCGAGACAUUAAAAGAGGCGAGCAUGGGUACGUGAUGUGCGAGAUACAUUGGAUUAUACUUAAAGUUACAUUGGAUUAAUACUUUAAUCGUGAAAAAACGGCGCUCAAUGUGAUGGUGUACUCUGAAUGCAUUUCGUUGGAGAUUGAAUUGUUAAUAAUAAAUUACAAAUCGUUUUAGUAGAUCAA